GUUCGCUUAAUCGCCGUGUCUUAUGGACCGCUCCAAUAAGUUAAAUUGGUUAAACAUUUCGGUUAGUGGAUAACAGUGGCCGAAUAAUGUGGUGCUCAGUUACUGUCGAUCGUUUGUUGUUAAAUAAUUAACUGCCGUGGAAGAUGCGGGUGCCGUAUUUGAUGUUGUGUUUGUUUACAUUGAUAAAUGGAGUGUACAUUUCGAACCUAAACGACGCGUGCUUCCGUUGCCUGUGUCACGUGGCCGGCUGCGACACUGGACACGGCUGCACCAACGGCUACUGUGGACCAUUCUACAUAUCCAGGGUGUACUGGGUGGACGCAGGCAAACCGACGCUACCCGAUGACGACCCGCGCAGGAAAGAAGCAUUCGAGGACUGCGCACGAGAUUAUUACUGCUCGAAAAAGAUUGUAGAGAGUUACAUGGCGAAAUAUGGAAGGGACUGCAACGAUGACGGUGUGACGAACUGUCUCGACUACAUGAUGAUCAACUACCACGGAGGGGCGGGAUCCUGUUCUGGACCGCUGUUCUUCACCGCUCACGGCAUGAGAUGGCUAGCAAAAUUCCAGCAAUGUCGGUUCUAACUGAUAUGUGAUUGAUCUAAUGACCAUACAUACUUACUCUUUGAAAUCC